AUGAACACCGGAGCUAACGAGGUACCAGAGACGGUUCUGGCUAGCACAGUAGCCAAGCCAUUCAUCGAGGAAUUGCGUCAGGGUCUUGAGAAACUCGAUCGAAAGCCCAAGCUGGUUGGAUUUUUGGCCAAUUCAGAUCCUGCUGCUGUCAAGUAUGCUGAUUGGACGAAGAAGACUUCUGAGGAAAUUGGUUUCGAGUACGAACUAAGAACUCUGGAUAAGGAAGAUUUGGAAGAAGGCAUUCUCCAAGCCAAUGAAGAUGACUUGGUUGACGGUAUUAUGGUAUACUUCCCUGUUUUUGGCAACCGUCAAGAUCAGUAUCUGCAACAAGUGCUCUCUCCACAGAAGGAUGUUGAAGGCUUGAGUCAUAUCUACAUCUCCAACAUGUAUCACAACAUUCGAUUCCUUGAUAAGGAAAAGACCCAGAAGAGUAUUCUGCCAUGUACCCCAUUAGCAAUUGUCAAGAUUCUCGAGCAUUUGGCUGUAUACAACUCGGUUCUACCAUAUGGUAACCGUUUAUAUGGCAAGACAGUGACUGUCAUUAACCGUAGUGAGAUUGUCGGUCGUCCUUUGGCAGCUCUUUUGGCUAACGACGGUGCCACUGUGUACUCAGUAGAUGUUACAGGAGUUCAGAAAUUCACUAGAGGUGAAGGAAUCAAGCAAAUUAAACACCACGUAGCUGAUGUUGACACCGAUUGGAAAGAAGCAGCUGCUCAGUCCGAUGUUAUCAUUACAGGUGUUCCAAGCCCUGAUUAUAAGUUCCCUGUCGAGCUCACCAAAUACGGAGUUGUAUGUAUCAACUUUUCUAGUGAGAAGAACUUUGGACCAGAGGUGAAAGAGCACGCUGCUCUCUACGUGCCCUCUAUCGGCAAGGUCACCAUUGCCAUGCUUUUGCGAAAUUUGCUUCGUCUGAUAGAUAACAAGAAGCAGCGUUCUCUAUAG